CCGCCGCGGCCAUGCCAGGGCGCUCCGGACAAGGCCGCCUGCGGCUCCCGUUCCUGCUGCUGCUGUUCUCCGCCUGGGCGCAAGGGAAAGGCAAGCAGGUGCUUGACGAUAUGGACCAGGUGCGCAUGACCUCUGAAGGCUCCGAUUGCCGCUGCAAGUGUAUUUUGCGACCUCUCAGCAAAGAUGCCUGCAGCCGCCUUAAGGAAGGCAAGAUGCGAGUGGAGGACUUCUACACAGUAGAGACAGUCAGCUCAGGCACCGACUGCCGUUGUUCCUGUACUGCCCCACCAGCAUCGCUCAAUCCCUGCGAGAAUGAAUGGAAGAUGGAGAAGCUCAAGAAGCAGGCACCUGAGCUCCUCAAGCUGCAGUCAAUGGUUGACCUUCUGGAGGGUACCCUAUAUAGUAUGGACAUGAUGAAAGUGCAUUCAUACAUCAACAAGGUGGUCUCACAGAUGAACACUCUUGAGGAGACCAUCAAGACCAACCUGAGCCGGGAGAAUGACUUCAUGAAAGAGAGCGUCCUGCAUCUAAGCAACCAGAUGAAGCGGUAUGAGAACUAUUCCGAUAUUAUGAUGGGCAUCAAGAAGGAACUCUCCAGCCUGGGAUAUCAGCUGCUGCAGAAAGAUGCAGCUGCUGUGCCUGAGACCAAAGCACAGGAAACAUCUGGAGGAAAAGAGAGGGACAAUGGUGGGAAGUACUCUGGCACUCGGAAGAACCAGGGGGACAAGGCUGUACUGAAGUCUCCCAAGGAGAAGCCACCCAAACCAGAGAAGCCACCCAAACCGGAGAAGCCAAGAAAGGAAAGCGCAAAGGGGCGGCAGGGACCAUCACAGCCCACUUCCAAGCCCAGAUCCUCAGGGCACCAGCAAACUGUUAUCCGAGGUGUCACUUACUACAAGGCUGGACAUCAGGAAGAAGCAGAGGGGCUGGUGAGCAACCGUGAGAACCCUAUGAAUGGAGAACAGCAGAUGGAGCGGCAAGAAGGCAAAGACCCUACACUCCAACCAGUUCAGGAGGCACAGACCAGGGCUUGGGAAACCUCUGCAACAAGUCCCAGCACUACUGGACGUCCCAGCACCAGCAGCACUUGGCCUGCUAUUACAAGCACUCCAAAGCCACCAAGCACUGCUGCUCCCACUGAGGGGCCCGAAACCCCCAACCGUGUGCGUGAGGCAACGUGUGAAGGUACACUGGAAUCGGUGGAGGCUCCUGAGAAGCACCACAGCUAUGGACGCAAUGAAGGAGCUUGGAUGAAGGAUCCAGUCGCCAAAGACGACCGCAUCUAUGUCACCAACUAUUACUACGGAAACAGUCUGGUGGAAUUCCGCAACCUGGACAACUUCAAACAAGGGCGUUGGAGCAAUUUGUACAAAUUGCCCUACAACUGGAUUGGGACAGGCCAUGUGGUUUACCAGGGAGCUUUCUACUACAACCGGGCCUUCACCAAGAACAUCAUCAAGUAUGACCUGCGGCAACGCUAUGUGUCAGCCUGGUCCUUGUUGCAUGAUGUGGUCUAUGAGGAUACCACACCAUGGAAAUGGCGGGGCCACUCAGACAUCGACUUUGCUGUGGAUGAGAGUGGCCUGUGGGUGAUCUAUCCUUCCGUGGAUUAUGACUAUUCCCAGCAGGAGGUAAUUGUGGUGAGCAAGCUGGACCCUGGUGAUCUGUCCAUCCGCAGGGAGACCACAUGGAAAACGGGCCUCCGGCGUAACUCCUAUGGGAACUGCUUCAUCAUCUGUGGCAUCCUCUAUGCUGUGGAUGUGUAUGAUGCUAAGGAAGGGCAGGUGACCUACGCCUAUGAUACCCACACAGACACUGAAGCUAAUCCUAAAUUGCCUUUCAUUAAUGAGUUUGCAUUCACCACCCAAAUCGACUAUAACCCUAAGGAGAAAGUCCUCUAUGCCUGGGACAAUGGCCACCAGGUCACCUACAGACUGCACUUUGUUGCCUGAGUGCUUGUUCCUCCCUUGCUGCCCAACAGAACGUCUGCUGGGAUAAAGCCUCCUCCCUAUUCCAAUACUGGCAAGUAGCCCCAGAUGGAGAACUAGUCCCAGGACCAUUCAUGAGUUAAAGGCCAUGCCAUGGAGUGAGGCCAUCCGUGGCCUUCUUGGAAAAAUCCAAAGAGCUCUCUGGUGAUCACCUUUUUCAACAUGCUGAAGGGGAACAGCAGGAGGGAAAGAAGCAUCUUGCUGAAGAGACAUGUUUUACUCUUUCCUUUGUUAAGCCUCUCACAGUGAACGCUUGCUCAUUCCCUCUGUCCUGCUAAGAUAUUGUGCUUCUGCAUUUUACAGGGCAGGAAGUAGGCAGCAAUGGACAACAGGUGAUAGUGAUGCAAUGUUGAAUUCCACAGACUGGAUCUAGGGUAAUGCCUACUAGUUCCUGCUCAAGUGUGGUGUUGUGACCUAGGCCACCCAUUAUAACCAUGUACCUGUCCCCUUUCAUUGGGCCAACCUACUUGUGACUGUGGGGUUGUUCAUGUUGAGCAAUACAGAUCCUGGUGAUCAGAUGUCUAUCCAAAGUGCAGGAAGAGAGAAUGUA